AUGGAUCAUUUGCCAUUCUUCGAACCGCGCCGACCCACCGGUCCGAUGGGCUUUCUCAACUACCCGGCGGAAAUCAUGAACAGAAUCUACCACGAGCUCUUCGUCGACGACAGCCACGUCCUCCUGUGUCUCUUCCCCACAAAUCCGACGCUGCGCAGCGUCACUCCGAAACAGUCCUUCUCCGAUGCCUCUAUGCCGGCUGACGACAUGUACUGGUCCCGUCUCCUCAAUGGUCGAUAUUAUGCGGACAGCAAUGGCCGGUCCGCCCAGUUCCUGCGAGUGUGCCGGAAAGUCUGGCUGGAAGGGACGCCGGUGCUCUACGGGAAUCUCGCCUUGGCCAUGCGCACAAUCGCAAACCCGGAUGCAUGUAUCAAACACACUUUCCGCAGAAAUGCCCGUUACAUUCUGGCUUCAGCCAAGGUUAUGUAUCCAAGCUACCAUCGGCCAAGCAGCCACAGCACGGAAGGGUGGAAGUUGAUUCGGGUAGUUCAAUCAGAUGCAACGGGUUCUUUGAAGCUUCACUUGAAAAGGGCGCGCUCGUCAGGAAAACCGAGUGCGCAUGUGGGUUGGCGAAGAAGAGCGCAUGGGCAUAAGCGCAGAUCAUUGUCAUUCUGA